GCUUCUCCGGCGCGGCGCGGCUGGCGGGGCUCGCGGGGACUGCCUCAGGGGCGCGGACCGCGCCGCCCGGCCCGGCCCGAGGCACCGCCACAGCGCGCCCGCCCGCACCCGCUCCUCCUCGGCGGCGGCGGGAGCGCAGGACCGCAUCCGGGAGGCAGCGGCUGCCGGCGCGGGGCACUCGGCGGCCACCGGGGACCCGGGCUGCGCGGCCGUCGCCCGCCUCUGUGCAGCCGCCGCCGCCGGCCGCCCGCCCGGCUUGUCCCGCCGCGCACGGGUCCGCGCCGCCGGGGGCGCGGGCGGAGGCGGGGUCCCGCGGCCGCCGCCCGGCCGCCGGGCCGCCUCGAGUCGGCGUCCCGGACCCCGGCGGCCGGCGAGCAUGGAGGAGAAGUACCUGCCGGAGCUGAUGGCGGAGAAGGACUCCCUGGACCCCUCCUUCACGCACGCUCUGCGGCUGGUGAACCAGGAAAUAGAAAAGUUUCAAAAAGGAGAAAGCAAGGAUGAAGAAAAGUACAUUGAUGUGGUGAUUAACAAGAACAUGAAGCUGGGACAGAAAGUGUUAAUUCCAGUAAAGCAGUUCCCUAAGUUCAACUUUGUGGGGAAACUUUUGGGUCCACGAGGCAAUUCUCUGAAGCGUUUACAAGAAGAAACCUUGACAAAAAUGUCCAUCCUUGGAAAAGGUUCCAUGCGAGACAAGGCAAAGGAAGAAGAGUUGAGGAAAAGUGGGGAAGCAAAGUACUUCCACCUGAAUGAUGACCUCCAUGUCCUCAUUGAAGUCUUUGCCCCUCCCGCAGAAGCGUAUGCCCGGAUGGGACAUGCCUUGGAAGAAAUCAAAAAGUUCCUCAUUCCUGACUAUAAUGAUGAAAUCAGGCAGGCACAGCUCCAGGAAUUAACAUAUUUGAAUGGUGGUUCAGAAAACACAGACGUCCCAGUAGUUCGAGGGAAACCCCCUUUGCGUACAAGAGGUGUACCAACUGCGUCAGUAACCAGGGGAAGGGGAGGAGUCACAGCCCGGCCGGUUGGAGCUGGGGCGCCACGAGGGACAGCAGCUCCCCGGGGUGUCCUUCCCGCCCGAGGGCCGGUGAGUCGGGGCCGCGGGCUGCUCCCUGCCAGAGCGAGAGGCGUCCCCUCGGCCGGGUACAGGCCUCCACCGCCACCUCCUGCGCAGGAGACCUACGGGGAGUAUGACUAUGAUGAUGGAUAUGGUACUGCUUAUGAUGAACAGAGUUAUGAUUCCUACGAUAACAGCUACAGCACCUCAGUCCAAAGUGGUGCUGAUUACUAUGAUUAUGGACAUGGGCUCAAUGAGGAGACUUACGAUUCCUACGGGCAAGAGGAGUGGACUAAGUCAAGGCACAAGGCCCCUUCCACAAGGACAUCGAAGGGAGUCUACAGAGACCAGCCCUACGGCAGAUACUGAUUGUACUGUCUGAUGUUGUGAAAUAGCCAAUCUCCACCAGUCCUGUAUACUGUUCAAAGUAAUUUUUUUCUAUGAACACUCCCUUUUUAAUAAAUCAAAUGCUUAAAAUCGGAAUGGAUGGAACUUAAAAACUACUUUGUUGAAACAUCGACCUCUGGGCAGAAAGAAAAAAAAAAGACAUGUAAAAUUUUGUUAUUUCCAGUCUGUAUAUGAAAAAUAGGUUAUCAAAAGGAAAAAAAAUAACUUUGAUUAACUAGUGUUAAACAAAACAAAAAUAGGUUUACUAAAUAUGUUAAUCCAUUCUCUUAAUCUAAGUCUCACCUUUCAUUUUAAAGGUUUCCGUAGAGUUUAGUUAUUUUAUCUUUCAGGCAUAUGCUAGUUUUUUUUUUUCCUCUUGCCAACAUGCGUAAAAAGGGAAACCAAUUACAAGUGCAAAUAAUGUGGUAUUCUUUUGUAACUCAAGUCUUGAAAUGUUCUGUAGUGUUAAGCAAAGUCACCUCUUGCUUGAUACUAAAUAAACUUUUGAAAGAAA